ACCGGAAGCCCGGACGCGCUGACGCAGCGAAAACGAAAGUGAAAGCUUCCUUAGCCUCCCCGACGCCGCUAUGAAAUCCGGCGGGGCGGCUCGGAAACGGCGGUCGCGGGCCGAAGAGGGCGACGCGGCCGUCAAGAGGAUCUCCGGGCCCGGCGUUGGGAUGGUCAAUUUUUGUCCACAGUGUGGACAGAAAGUCGAGGAAAUGUUUCACUUCUGUCCGGCUUGCGGAGGACGGCUCCCGGUUCAAGAGGACGAGCCAAUGCAGAUCACCCCGUCUCCUUCUCUGAAAGAAUUAAACCAGGACAUCCAGGUUGAGCUGCCGCCACUGCCUGACAAGAAAAAGGUGCAGAUAGUUUUUCCGAAAAAGGAAAUGUCUUCAACCUCUGUUAAAGCUUCUCCCCAGAGCUCAACGGCAUACUUUUCUCCAAAGGCAAAAGGAAAGACGGCUUUCCGAUCACCAAAGAAGGAAAGAUGUCCUUGCGUAAAACCUCUGCCAGAUGGUGAAAUCUUGACAGACCUGAACAAUAAACAGUGGAUGCUAAUGAAGCUUCUGAGCCAGUCGGAUCGUGGGCUGAUCUAUGAAGCAAGAUUAACAUCUGAACGCUCACCAAAGCACAAAUACACCCUCAAACUGGCUGCCAAAGAGGGAAAGCUGUUUAACGAACAGAACUUUCUACAGCGAGCCGCCAAGAAAGUCACAGUGGAGAAAUGGAAGAAGCAAUAUUUAAUGCCGUUCCUGGGGAUACCUGAAUGUGUUGGUUUUGGCGUCCAUGGGAAUAGCUACAGGUUCCUGGUCUUUCCCGAAUUGGGUCGAUCUCUUCAGUCAAUCCUGGACGACAACAAAAACAAGAUGACGGAGAAAGCUGUUUUGCAGCUUGCAGUCAGGCUGCUUGAUGUCCUGGAGUACCUUCAUGAAAACGAAUAUACUCAUGGGGAUCUGGCUGCUGAAAACAUCUAUGUGAAUCCGGCUGAUCUUACUGUGGUUACUUUAGCAGAUUUCAGCUUCGCCUUUCGAUACAGCCCUGGAGGGAAACACGUGCCUCAGCGGGAAUGCAGUCGGACCCCUCAUGAAGGCACCUUGGAGUUCAUCAGCCUGGACAGCCACAAGGGAGCUGCUCCGUCCCGUCGAAGCGACCUCGAAUCCUUGGGUUACUGCCUGGUGAAAUGGCUGUGCGGCGCCCUUCCUUGGUCUGCGGAGCUGAUGGAUCCCUGCGAUGUCACAGAGGAAAAAGAGCGGUGCAAAGCGGAUAUUAUCAAAAGUUCAAGACUGACUACUGGUUGGGGAGCCUUACCAGAAUCCAUAAAGAAAUACCUGCAACAGGUCAUGACUUUGGAAUAUGAAGAAAAACCAAACUACGAAGAACUGCGAAUGUUCUUUACGAGCCCUCUUCAGCUGAUGAGAGCAUCGGCCUAUGACUCCGUGGACCUCAGAGCAGCACCCUAGCUUUCCGAAAGCUGAAUGUGAAGAGAAAUGAAGAACAAGAAGGAAUCAUCUGGCUUUACAGGUCUUGAAAAAUGCACUUAAGAGUCGAACUCACUGGAAUAUCUUCGCAUUGGAAGCAUUGGCAACAUAGAUUGUGUGUGUUUGCUUGUUAUCUCUGGUUUUUAACAGAGAGGGAAAGUAGUUUUCAUGGAAAUGUUUGUUAGGAUUUUGCCGUGACCUAUUGCAAGCUAAAGAUUUACCCAGGGGCAUAAUUUAAUGCAUUCUAGCAAAUCUUUCUUUGAUAAAUAAUUACUUGCACAUAAUUUAUAAAGGGCCUUUAUCAGCUGUCCAAAUAUUCAAAUCAAACCCUGAAUCUUUAAAAAAAAAAGGAGGGGAAGGGGAGAAGGAUUGUAAAUAUUUUAAUUUUGUUUUUAAUCUUGCUUUUAGUGUCUUAAAAGUUCGUUUUAUUCUACUGCAUAAAUAUUUUAUGAUUUUUAUCCCUAGCUUAAAAGAUGUUUUGUCAGGCAGAAGGACUGAGAAACAGUUUUUAAUCUUUGAAACGUGUACUUUGUUGAUUUUUGUAGUAAAAAAUUUGUACGGUGA